ACACCUCUACAGCCCGCCCGCGACAGCAACCCAUGCGCAUCCAGGCCCACUCCUGAAGCUCUGAAGACCAGGCUCAGUUGGUAUCCGGCGACCAAGUACGCACUGCGCAGUACCUACCUUACACACACCACGCAACAGUCGAGACAACGACAACAGCGACGACUGCUUCCACCAGAACUAAUCAUCCAUCACAGACAACCCAAGGGCACAGAUAUCUCGCCCGACCUCAAGCGACACUGUUAUCGGGACCGUCUUCCACGGCUGGAACCUGCGAAAGAUCCAAACGAUCAACCCUUUCUGAUGCGCCAAUCGCAUAUCCUCAGCAUUAGACUCACAUCGCAUCUCCACUCGGACUGA